GGUGUUCUAUCUACGUUAUUGACUGACGUUACAACAACAUAGCAGCUUCUACUCACAAGAUUGCGACAAUGGGAAAAAAAUUAUUAUUCUUUUAGUCGGGGAUGUUUCAGAUAUUACGAUUGCGGACAAUAUUUCAAGCAGUAUGCUACAGACUAGAAAACGGCUUGAAUAUUGGGUUAACAGUCACGAGUUAUUGAGAUGAUGAUGAUGAUGAUUAAUCAGUUAGCUAGUUAAUAGUUAUAACAGGUCUAUAGUUUAUAAACAUUAAUAUUGAUCCUACAUGUAGAGAUUUGUGAGCAUGUUGAGCUUUCUUGCAGCCAGACAAACAGGUGUGGACGAUCCUGUGCGUUUGAGACGAGCAGAAUCGACAAGAAGGGUGCUGAGUUUGGAGUUAAAUCAUGACAGAAAUGUGGAACAGAUUCAUGGGAACGGAGUGAACUGUAUUGAUAUUGAAGUGAUUGAAGGGAGAUACAUGUUAUCAGGGGGUUCAGAUGGCGUAAUUGUGAUCUAUGACCUGGAAAACAGCAGCAAGAAGUCAAAUUACACUUGUAAAGCAGUUUGCACUGUAGGCAGGUCAAAUCGUCAUGUGCACAAGUUCAGCGUGGAGACGGUUCAGUGGUAUCCUUACGACACUGGCAUAUUUGUAUCCAGCUCAUUUGACAAAAGCAUGAAAGUUUGGGAUACAGAAACACUCAAGCCAGCUGAUGUGUUCCAGUUUGACGGGAAUGUCUACUGCCACCACAUGUCUCCUAUUGCCAGGAAACAUAGUCUUAUAGCAGUUGGUACCACAGAUACUAAAGUUCAGCUGUGUGAUUUGAAGUCUGGUUCUCGCAGCCACAUCCUGCAGGGUCACAGAGGAGAGAUUCUCUCUGUCCGAUGGUCCCCGCGCUACGAGCACAUCCUGGCCACUGCUAGCACUGAUGGCAGGGUGCGUAUGUGGGACGUGCGGCGAGCUGCAGGAAGCCUCUUUACUUUAGAUCAGUACAACGGGGACAAGUCCAAAGCCUCGUCUGAAGCAGUGAACACCGCCCAUAAUGGCCGUGUGAACGGUUUGUGCUUCACUGACGAUGGCCUUUACCUCCUGACCACAGGCACAGACAACCGCAUGCGCCUGUGGAACAGUGCCACGGGUCACAACACACUGGUAAAUUAUGGGAAGGUGGUUAAUGAAAGCCGGAAAGGUGUGAAGUUCACUGUGUCAAGAGGCUGCAGUCUGGAGUUUGUGUUUGUGCCAUGCGGCAGCUCAAUUGCAGUGUACAGCCUUUACACAGGACAGCUAGUGACGACGUUAAGGGGUCAUUACAAUAACGUCGACUGCUGUGAGUUCCACCCAGACUAUCAGGAGGUCUACAGUGGUGGGAAGGACUGUAACAUCUUGGCGUGGGUUCCUGUGUUGCAUCAACCUGACAUUGAGGAUGAGCAGAAAAGGGGUGGAGCCCAAGCUGCAGUUAAUUCUGUUUUUGAAGAUGCCUGGAGCAGCGAUGAAGAUUGAUUGAGCCAAUUGCAGCUCUUACAGCAUUGUGAUAUGAUUAUACCUUAGAGGUCUUGUUUCUUUACCUGAUCAAUGGUUCUUAACUGCAGUGCCAACUUCCACUUACCAGCCUAACAGACAGAUCCCAGACCUCUACACUCCUAAGAUACUUUGGGUUCGGUUUGAACAUGACAAACUUGGAUUUAGAGGUGUGCAUGGGGCCAUUUUUAAUCCCGUUCCCACACACUUCUUAAGGAAUUCUGACUCAUCCCAGUAGUCCACAGAAAGUUGGACCAAUCCCACCAACUCCUGCAAAAAUAUUCACCAAUCCAAUUCACUCCCAUAGAAUGUCUGUCUGACCAACCCUUCCCACAGAGGCAUUGAAAAAUAUCACCCAUUUCCACAUAAAGUUUGACUAAGCCCACCUGCUCCCGCACACACUCUUGACUAAUCCUGCCUGCUAUUGCAGAACGUUUUACCAAUUCCUUUGACUGCCAGAUACACUUUUGACUAAUCCUUUCUAACUCCUACAGAACGUCGGAGUCAUUUUUUAUUUCCACUAAACGUUUGAUUAGUGCUGUCCAUUCCUGCAGAUGUGCUUGACCAAUCCCAUCCUCUCCUACUUAAUGUUGAUUAAUCCCGCCCACUCCUGCAAACCUUUUUAUCAGCCCCACCCAUUCCAGAGAAAGAUCUCGCAUACCAUUUGACUAAUCCCAUUUCAGCGCUUCAUAUCUCAGCUCCAGAUUCUGCAAAUCUUUUGUUGGGUCCCACAGGACACAAAGUUUAGAAUCAUAUGUCUUCCGGGAUUGAGUAUUUGCUACUCAGGAAGCAAAUAUGCAAGCCAUAGAUACAUAGAGAUCAGACGUGUUAAAAUUUGAUCUGGAGCUAAACAACCGGUUUCAAAUUUGGGUGGCGCUGCUUUCUGUGAAUAUUACAGCAGUGCUUGUCAGCAAGUGUGGUCAGAAAGUUUAUCUUCACCCACCAUCUUCAUUUACAUGGCGUGGCCUGAUGCAACAAACUACUGCGAAUGUUCUCAAAGAAGCCUUUGACCUACAUGUACAGUAGACUGCAAGGUUCAUCAUUUCCAUUCAACUUAAAUAUGACAUUUUUUUAAGUCUUUAUGUGCAUACAUUUAUUUUAAUUGCCAAUAAAUGGAAGUACUGUAUUUCUAAUUGUACUAAAGAAAAAAUGGUCGACGUAAUGUACACGUAAUAUUCUUAUUUCGACUGUAUGCCUGACUAGUGCUUAUUCAGUGCUCAAUAUUAACAGUGAUAAUGCUGUCACUGUUCUAAGUGACCAGUUUAUUGUGAAUUUCUUUGUUUUGUCUGUUUUUUUUAAGCUACAUACAAUUCUAUACAAGCUUCAAGCUUAUUAUGGGGAAAAUAAAAUUUUGAGCGCUUGGAAAAAAUAUUUUUUGUAUUGUAAACUUAAGUCUUUAAUCUAUCAAAUAGGAGAAGCAGCACAUUUCACCCAGCUAUAUGGUAUUGGUUGAAGUGUGUGAUACAAUGAAAUAAAAAUAAAAACAUCUACCCAUCCA